AUGUCUUCAGCAUCUUUUGCACAGACCAGGUCACAUGCAUUGCAAUUAGAGACACAAACGGAGGCUCUUCUGACCAAGUUCUCAGCGUUUGCAACGUCGCCCUCAUCUUCGCCGACCGCCGAGGAACUGGCGUGCGAAAAAAGAGUCGAGACCGUGCUCAAUAAACGCGAAGAGGUUUUAGGGGUUCUCAGUCGGAUUGCUGAAUCCGAUAUCUCGUUACCCACCACAAAGCUCCAACAAUUACAGAGGCAUAAAGAGACUCUGACCGAGCAAUGGCGCGACUUUGGCCGAAUUCGCGGCGCGAUCCAACAGGAGAGAAACAGGCUAAACCUUUUGUUUUCGGUGAGAUCAGACAUCGAAGAGCAUCGUCGCAGAACCGAAAUUGUGAAUGGAGGUGGCGACGAUUCCAAUGGAGAUAACUACAUGAUGCAAGAAAGACAGAGAGUAGACAACGCCAACUCUUUUGCAGACAGAUUACUAUCACAGGCCUAUGAAACGCGCGAUGAGCUGAGCAGACAGAGAAACGUUUUGAGCAGCGCCGGAUCGAAACUGGGUGGAGCUCUUGGGGCCAUUCCUGGUUUGAAUGUGGUGAUCUCGAAGAUCAACACGCGGAAGAAGAGAGACACUCUGAUAAUUGCUGGUUUGAUUGUGGCCUGUAUCACGAUUUUAUGGUUGACGAGUUAG